AUGCGUCGCGUUGUCGUUACCGGUCUAGGAGCUGUCACACCCCUAGGGGUUGGAAUUCGUCGGACAUGGAGACGUCUGCUGGAUGGUCACUGUGGCAUUGUUAAUGUUCGCCAUCGCGAUGCCAGGUUCGCCGAUUUGCCAUGUCAGAUAGCUGGCGUGGUGCCGCCUGGAAAGAUGCAAGAUGGAGGCUGGACUGCUUUGGAAUGGUUAAGUAGAGAUGAGGAGCGUAAAAUGGCACGUUUCGUCCAGUAUGCUCUGGCUGCGUCGCAAGAAGCUCUAGAGGAUGCGGGCUGGAAGCCCACUGCCUUUGAGCAAAGAGAAGCUACCGGCAUCUGUCUUGGGUCCGGGAUCGGGAACUUUGAUGAGAUCUAUGACACCGUCAUCUCUUACGACAAAGGAGGCUACAAAAAGGUGUCCCCCUUAUUUGUCCCGAAGCUUUUGAUUAAUCUCGGUGCGGGCCAUAUCUCCAUGAAAUAUGGGUUUAUGGGUCCUAAUCAUGCGGCGACCACGGCAUGUACUACUGGAGCGCAUUCCAUCGGCGAUGCGGCUCGCUUUAUCGCAUGCGGGGACGCGGACGUCAUGGUCGCAGCACGGAGCCUUGCAACCGGCUAUAACGAUGCCCCCGAGAAGGCAUCGAGACCCUUUGAUGCAGAUCGUGAAGGGUUCGUGGUCGGCGAGGGUGCGGCCAUGGUGGUCUUAGAGGAGCUGGAGCAUGCCAGAACGCGCGGGGCCCAGAUCUACGCAGAGUUGAAGGGAUACGGCUGUUCUGGCGAUGCGCACCACAUGACGGCGCCCAAGGAGAACGGCGAAGGCGCACUCAUGGCAAUGAGGAGGGCGCUGAGGAACGCCCAACUCCAGCCGGCUCUGGUUGACUAUGUCAAUGCCCAUGCCACGUCGACUGUGGUCGGGGACGCUGCAGAAAAUGCAGCGAUCAAAUCCCUUCUUCUCGGGCCAGAGGGAAAGCGACACGCCGCGGAUGUAAAUAUUAGCAGCACUAAGGGUGCCAUUGGUCAUUUACUCGGUGAAUGUCAUGCCCCCCCGACCAUCAACUUAGAACGAGUUGUCGACGGGUUCGACUGCAACUAUGCCCCAGAAAAAGCGCAAGAACGCCGGAUUGACGUGGCUCUGACCAACAGCUUUGGAUUCGGGGGGACAAACAGCAGCCUGUGUUUCUCCCGUCUGUCGUAA